AUUUCUCACUAGCUCGCCAGUGGCCCGCAUACAUGCUGACGGUUUGAAAAAAAAAAACUUUCCCGCCAAACAGUUGACGUUUAUAUUUUUUCUAAAUCCAAAUACAGGCAAAGAAAUCUUGGACAGAAAUGACUGUGUGUUCAAGCACGUGAUCGGUUGUGCUUUUGUGUUGUUUAUUGUGGCCAGUGUUUUGAGGACUGUGUUCCAGAACUGCAAGAUGAUAAAGUUCCAGUUAAUCUACCUCACGCUAUGCUCGCUGACGCAAGCGGCGUACUACAGUCGGAUGGCCACAGUGAACAGGCUCCGAGUGCCAACAGCCUUCAGGCCGGGGGUGACUUUUCAAAGACCCUGGACGCACCAGCGUCUGAUGCCGGCUGCGUCGCACCGAGUGCCUUAUGUGGUGUAUAGGAAUGCUCCCCAAAGAUACGCAAUGAAGCACUUCGCCCCAGGCCCGACUCGCACUGUCUUCAGCCACGGCUGGAAGACCACAGCCCGCCUCCCGCCGCUAUCUCCCUCCACGCCGGAAUACGAGUUCGUCCGAGCCGCCUCCUCGCCGUCGGCGGUGCACGAUGGUGGUACAGGUGCCAUCCACACCAUCCCAGCUCCGAACCUGAGCCUCUCGGAGAAGCCAAUCGUGGUGGUCGACUCGGAUAACCUUCUCAAAUCGUCACAGGACGGUCACAGGCCUACGUAUGAAGUGACAGAAAAAUUCUUGGAGCCCGGAGUCUACCAGGUGUCACCCAAAGUUGAAAUACCCGUUGGAUUCUCUAAACCUUCUUCGCCGUCGUCUAAUGGUGUGCAGAACUUGUUUACAAACAAUGCAGCAGCAUUGCAGUUCGCUUCCGAUUAUGGUUUGUCAGUAUCCCUGCCGCAGACAUCCGUCGUGCAACCACAUCAAAUUGUUCCUCCACAAUUCAAUAUGCAGGGUUUCCCUUCUCACCAGGAUAUAGUAAACGCAGGUUCAGAAGGCAUAGUAAUAUCACCGCAAAUGUUAUACCAAGCUGACCCGUCGUUCUUGCAAAAACUUCAAGAGCAACUAAUGCAAAGAUACCCCUCCGUGGAGUUCAUACCUUAUCCCGCUGACACCCCCUCAAAUAACAUCCAGCAAUUCCACCACCAAUCUCAUAUCCAGCAACAACCACAGAAUAACCUUUUCUUGUUGGAAAACGAGGAAAUAACAAAACAAACGCCAACAUCAUUCGAACCACAAAAGAGCGUCGUGCAAAGAGAAACUCACGAGAGUGCCGUAAUGUCUCUCAUCCCUCACUCUUUCACCCAAAACAAUACUACAGAAAAGCAUGUUGAAGUGACAUCUGCAUCCCAACCUCACAAUGUAACAGUUGAAUUAGUAACGGCGGAAUCAAAACCAAGCACGACCACAGUUAAAUACAUAAUAGAAAGCACCACCCAGGAGCAAAACGUGACUCCUAUUUACUACGCGCAAGUCGGUCAAAGCAUUGGAAACAUUAUAGCAAAUGGAUUCUAUUCGGCAAUCAAUGACGUGAGGGCAGCAGCUGCAUUAGCUCAAGUCGAGAAACCUCAAGAACAACAAGAAAAUGCGACCACCACUACUACAACUACUGCCGCUCCAGAGCUCAUGGCAUAUUUUGUACAACCCCCUGAAGGUUUUAAGAAUCACACCGAGGUGAAACCUCAUAUCGGAGUUCCAUUUACAAAGACUGCCGAUUCUGUUAACAUAGCUUACACUCUUCUUAGAGCGAACAAUAAAGAGCCCCAAGUGACAAAAGAAGGUAACGUUUAUGCUGGUCAAAUAGUAGAAGCAACGAUAAGCGAGGAUCAAGACUUCAACAAACAAAAGGCGACUCUGAUUCAAAGGAGAGCUCCAUUAAGAAUAAUAGCGGUGACAGAAAAGAAACAAGAUCAAGUCACAUCGACGUCAGUGCCUCCCAAAAUUACGGUGGUAAAGGCGAAAAUACCUCCGAAAAGCAAACUCACUUUUGACGAUAAAACUGGAGAGCCUGUGCUGAGGAUAUACGCAAGUUAUGUCGACCCAAGUAAGUCGAAAGAACUAUUAGCGUCUAAACUGAACAACAUAAAGAACGUCAAAGAAAUAGUGGUCAAAAAGCCAGACGGUGUGGAAAACUGGACAUCGGCUAUGGUGAGGAAAGCAGACAAGACCCAAGGACAUGAUGCUAACCAGGUCACUGAUUUUGGACUCAAGCUUAGAUCGAGAAGCGACGAUUAUAUUCCUUUAUUUGAGGAGUAUGAAGAGUAGUUUUAAGUUUCGUGGAGUGAUGUUUAUGAUAAGUCUGUGCCUUUUUAUUUAAAACUUAGGUACACUGUCUCAGUUGUACAUCAUGUAGAUUAUCUUUUAAAUUGGAAAAUAUGUACGGGACAUGUAUAGCAUAAUAUGUUACUUCUUACAAAGACAAUUUUGUUCUCAUUUUUCUGGAUGAGGAAUUUGUGAAAAAGGAAUCUGCAUUUAUUCUCAAGAUAUUUUAUCCACAUAAAACUACCUUUUAACAUUAUGUCUGUCUGUAUAAUUACACUGUCUCAAUUAUGAUCGUAAUUGAGACAGUGCAGACCUAAGUAAUUUUCAAAUAUACUUACUUAUGUAUUUAAUGUAUUAAUUUGUGAUGUAAACACUAUUGACUAAUUUAUAUCAUGGAUGCAAUAGGUACGCACUUCUAUGCGAUACCGGUUUUAUAAUAGUAUCAAAGUCACCAAUACCGAUAACGAAAUUUUAAGAUAUUGAGAUAAAAUCUAACAGAUAAUACUUCC